AUGACCAAUUUUCAAAUUCGAACUGCUCCCCGAAUUAAUGAAGUAAUUGAUUUCCUGAAUUAUGAAUCAAUAUCCAGGAUUUGUGCCCAUGAUGGUGCCUCCGCCAUACAUGAUGGCUGCCAACCAAUUUUAGCUGGAGCACCUGCUGCCACAUUGAUCCCAACAUCCACCCCUCCUGCCGUGGCCACUUUGCCAGGACACCCUGCUCAUGCAGCAGCUGCUGGUCAUGUUCGAAAACGAACCUAUGAGGAAGCCCGAAGAGAAAGCAUUCCAACCAGAGGACCAACAAAAUGGCCGCAACAGGAAUCCUCUGCUUCUGCUGAGGUUGGAACAGAUGAACCAAGAAUUGAUGAUGCAGUCACCGUUCUGGAUUUUUACAAUUCAGAUUUAAAUUUAGUAAUUGACCCUGAUUGCUAUGGAGGAAAGAAUUUGACUGAGCCAGAAGGGUUCUGUUUCACGUGGGCUGGAGCCAGGGCCACCUAUGGCGUAACCAGAGGAAAGGUCUUCUAUGAAGUGCACAUAAUUGAACACCUCCCUGUUAAUUUUGGUGAUGAUCACACAGAAACACAUCCUCAUGUAGUGAGAAUUGGCUGGUCUAUAGACAAGUCUUCAUUUCAGUUAGGAGAGGAACCAAAUUCAUAUGGUUUUGGAGGCACUGGGAAAUUCUCUGUAAACAGUAAGUUUACCAACUAUGGAGAGCCAUUUGGUGCUGGUGAUGUCAUUGGGUGUCUCUUGGAUUUGGAAUCAAGGCCACCUACUAUCUCCUAUUCAAAGAAUGGUCGUUGGUAUGGUGUUGCUUGUCCAUUGCAUACUCAUCCUGUGGGUAAAGAAGACCUGGCCUUAUUCCCACAUGUUCUUUCAAAGAAUUGCAAGUUCAAGGUGAAUUUUGGCCAGACUACUCCCUGGUUUCCUCCCCCUCCAGGCUUUGCUUAUAUUGACCACGUUCUGCUGAAUGAUAGAGUCCGUGCUUCCAAAUGUCCUCCAAUGAAAUCAGACUGUGAGAUGAUAAUGAUAGUUGGAUUACCUGGAUGUGGCAAAACUUCAUGGGCCCUGAACAUGUACAAAACCCAGGCUGAUAAAAAGUACUAUAUUAUUGGAACUGACUCGCUCAUUGAUAAAAUGAGAGUGAUGGGUUUGCCAAGAAAAAGGUUUUUCCAUGGCCGAUGGGAUGUGCUGAUUCAGAAAGCAACUGGUUGUCUGAACAAACUCUUCCAAAUUGCUUCCAGGAGACGACGCAAUAUAAUUCUUGAUCAGACAAAUGUUUAUGCCACUGCCCGCAAGCGUAAGAUGCGGAACUUCCAGGGAUUUUAUCGAAAAUCAGCUGUUCUUGUGUGUGAAGAUUCUGAAUUGAUUAGACGAUCAAACAAAAGAACCAAGGAAGAUGGUAAAGUUGUACCAGAGGAAGCUGUCCUUGAAAUGAAGGCCAACUUCUCAUUGCCUGAUGAAAGCAGCAAAUUAUUUGAUUCUAUAGAAUACAUUGAGUUGCCUAAAGAAAAGGCUUUGAAACUUGUGGAGCAAUACAAUGAAGAAGGCAAGAACAAACGUCCUGCUCGGGAUAAGGUAUUUAAACAUGAUAAUCGACCAGAACAGACUUCACCAAAGCCAUUCUCUCCACGAAUGUCACAAGGUCCUCCACCAUCUCACCAGGUAAUCAAAACGGAGAAGCCUCAGAUGGAUGUGAACAUGGGCCAAAGAGCCCCACUACCACCACCACCUCCACCUCCCGGAGGAAAAGACCGAUUUGAAGGUCGCCAAUCAAGGUGGGGCCCAGCAACUGAUGUUACUGAACCUCCAGAGAAACGUGUGAAACCAGAUCCUAGCAGUGCUCUGGACUUUAUCAAACAAGAGUAUAGUGGAGAAGGAGAAGAAAAUUCUCCACAAUGGCAGGACAUUCAUGUCAAACAGGAAUCUCGAUCUUAUGAUGGAUAUGGAGGACAAUAUAGCAGUAAUGCAUCUACUGGCAGCGCUAGUGGAAGCUAUGGCACUCAACUAGCAAGUGGAACUUACGGGUAUCAGACAAAUUCUGGCGGAUGGGGUAGCCGUGAGCAAAGCACUCCAGCAUCUUACAGUGUCCAGAAUCCCACCUAUGGGACACAAUCAUACCAGAGCAGUUAUUCAAGUGCAGACACUGAAGCCACAUUACGGAGUGGUGCUAGCAGCAGCACUGCAAGUAGCAGCAAUUGGUAUGGAACAACUCCACCAGCUAAUACGUCUGCUCCUCCACCCCCACCUCCCCCGCCUCCAAUGAAACAAGAACCAGUUGGUUAUAAUGACCAGUACUCUUCAUACAAUCAAUUACAUCAAAGUCUGCCACCCCAAAUGACAACUGCUACUCCUGCUCCAGAUACCAAAGCAUGGGGCAUACAGUCACAAUAUGGUACCCAGCCAUCUCAAUACAGCUCACCUCCUUAUACUGAUCAGCAAGCCUAUCAGAGCAGUGGUCAAUCUUUUGAUUAUGGUCGGCAACAAUAUAACAGUUCUGCUACAGAUUCUUAUGGACAAACAGAACAAAGCUCUUACAGCUCGGCUGGUUUACAAGAACGAAGUGGAUCAACGCAGCCUGCUGCCUACAGUGCUCAAAGCCAGUACAGCGGUUACCAACAAACUUCAAGUAUCCCAAAUCAGUAUGGCUCUAACCAGUCAAGUCAAUAUGGUCACCAAAGCAGCUAUGGUACUGAUCAACAAAGCUCUUAUUCUGAUAACCAAGCAUCUAACCAGAUUAGUCAGUAUGGUAGUAGCCAGCAAAGUUUCUACAGUGGUAGUAGCAGUAGCAACCAGUCAAGCCAAUAUAGCAGUAACCAGCCAGGCUCAUAUAACAGAAAUCAAAGCCAAUAUGGUGCUGGCACUGGUGGUGGGGCAACUAACCAGUACAGCAGUGGAAAUCAAGAUUCCUAUGGGAGCAGUCGUUAUCCAGAUCCUCAAAGUAAUUAUAGCAGCAGUCAAAGCAGUCAGUAUGGAGGUGUCAGCAAUCAAUCAAACCAGCGUGGAAGUAGUGGUGGUAGUGGUCAGCAGCUCUAUGGUGGCUACCAAAGCCAAUAUGGAGGCUAUGACCAGUCAGGUGGACAUGGAGGGCCAGACUCUAGUAAUCGAAAUGACCAGCAAAGCUACCAAUCUCAUCGUGGUGAUAGUGGACUUUCAUCUUCAGGUUCUUCGAUGAUGCAAAGUUCAAGCUACGGUCAAGGCCGUGGUGGUCAAUGGCAGAGUAGCAACCGACAAAGAUCAGAUGGCUCAGGUGGAUAUGGCAGCAGCAGUGGAUAUUCUGAUUAUCAAGCCUCAAAGCCAAAAGAUGAAGCCAAAAAGUCCUCUGGCCGUGGGGAAAAUCAGCGAAGGACAAGGUGGAGUGAUGCUGAUCCAGCACCAUCAGUUCAGCCAGCCCAGCCUCCUGAAAGUUUGGGUGGAAGAGACAUGUCUUCAAGUAUGCAAGGCAAUUAUCCAGACAGUGGUCAAGAUAACUCUCAUCAGCGCUCUGACCAUAUGGGCAGAAUGGAUCAUAUGGGUGGUGGUAGAAUGGAUCACAUGGGAGGAAGACCAGAUCACAUGGGAGGUAGGCCUGAGCAUAUGGGUGGUAGACCUGAUCAUAUGGGAGGUCGCUCAGAUCACAUGGGUGGGAGACCUGACCAUAUGAGUAACCGCCCUGACCAUAUGGGAGGUAGACCUGAUCACAUGGGAGGCAGACCUGAUCACAUGAGUGGACGGCCGGAUCACAUGGGAGGCAGGCCGGAUCACAUGGGAGGCAGGCCGGAUCACAUGGGAAGUCGGCAAGAUCAUAUGGGAGGUCGACCAGAUCACAUGGGUGGGCGGCAGGAUCACAUGGGAAGCCGUUCAGAUGGCCGUCCAGAUCGUGGUGGCUAUGGCCGUCCAGAUCGUGGCGGCUAUGGCCGUCCAGAUCGUGGUGGUUAUGGUAGGCCAGAUCGUGAUGGCUACGGGCGCUCUGAUCGCAGAGAAGGACGUUCUGACAGAGAUGGCCGCUCAGACCGUUCUGACAGAGAUGGGCGACCAGACCGAGGUGACCGUUCAGAUCGAGAUCGCUCAGAUCGUUCUGGUGAUAGAUCUGAACGUGAUAGACCUGAUCGUGGUGGUAGUGAUAGAGAUAGAGACAGCAGUCGAGGGGAUCGUGGAUCGGACAGAUCUGACCGUGAUAGCAGUAAACCAGAUCGUAGUGGUGAUCGUACUGAGCGGACGUCAGGUGACAAAAGUGAUCGUAGCACCACUGCAGAUAAACCCAGCCGCAGUAGUUCAGGAGACAAAGCAGAUCGUAGUAGUAGUAGUAGUAGUAGCAGCAACAACAACAACAACAACAACAACACUAAUUCUGGGGACAAGGCUGACCGUAGUGCUAGCAGCAGUUCUGGCGAAAAAGCAGAACGUAAUACCACUUCAUCCAGCACUGGGGAAAAAACAGAACGUAGUACAGAGAAAACAGAUCGUAGCAGCAAUACAAGCAGUGAAAAACCAGAGCGUUCUAGUGGAAAUGAUAAGCCUGAAAAGACUGAACGUGUGGAGAAACCAGAUCGCAGCAUAAAUGAAGACACUGAUCGCAGUGGUGACAAACCUGAUAGAGAUGUUCGCCGAUCAGAUCGUGGGCGUCCUGAUAGAGAUAUGGAUUCUGGUGAUAAUCGUCCUGAACAAAUGGGAGGACGUUUUAAUGCACCAGGUGGCCGAAUGGAUCAUCCUGGCAUGGGCCGACCGGACUUCUUUCCUGAUGGGGACCGAUGUAUGGACAUGGGCCCACCUGGCCAGUUUGGUGGUUUUGGAGGUCCUGGUGACAUGAAUCGAGACCAUGGACCUCCAGGACGCUUUAUGGGGCCUCGUGGUGGUAUGAAUCAGCCAAGAGGUCCACGUCCAAAUUUUGAUGGAGGUCACCCAGGUGGUCCACGGCCUCGUUUUGAUGGACCCAGACGUGGUGGACCACGUGGUAUGGCUCCACGAGAUCAUGGUGCAGAUUUUGGUGGGCCAGGUGGCCCUGGAGGUCCAGGUGGUUGGAAUCAAGGUAAUAUGCGAGGAAUGGGACCUCGUCGUCCACCCAGAUUUGAAGGCCGUGGAGGUGGGCCUCCUCGUGGGAUGCGCCCAGGUGGGCCACCUCGUUGGCCACGUCCACAUUAA